CUUGUUUCCAACCAGCCAUCGGUGCAGACGCACGGCUGUCCUGCAGCUCCUUCAGCGCGCAGACAACCCCCCAGAAAGGAUGUCCGGGAUUACGGGGAAUCUGGAUUGCGACGACUGCAUUUUCCCUGUCCACGUGGCCAACAGCACGGAGCAGCACGCGCACUCUACCAUGGAUGCGGACGACGAACUUCUGAGAUACAUCUGGACGGAGUAYUUACACCCCAAGGAGUACGAGUGGGUUUUAAUCGUGGCUUAUAUCAUCGUGUUCUUCGUCUCUCUCAUCGGAAACUCGCUUGUUUGCUUCGCAGUGUGGAAGAAUCGACACAUGCGCACCGUGACCAACUACUUCAUUGUGAACCUUUCUUUCGCGGAUGUGAUGGUCACCAUCAUCUGCCUGCCCGCCAGCCUUGUGGUCGACAUCACAGAGACGUGGUUCUUUGGGAACACUCUUUGCAAAGUUGUCCCUUACCUCCAGACCAUCUCUGUGUCUGUAUCAGUGCUAACGCUAAGCUGCAUUGCCCAGGAUCGUUGGUAUGCGAUCUGUCACCCACUAAUGUUCAAGAGCACAGCCAAGAGGGCCCGCAAAAGCAUCGUUGCCAUCUGGGUGGUGUCGUGCAUCAUCAUGAUCCCUCAGGCCGUUGUGAUGGAGUGCAGCAGCCUGCUGCCUGAACUUACAAACAAGACCAGCCUGUUCACCGUGUGCGACGAACACUGGGGAGCUGAGAUCUACCCAAAAGUGUACCACAUUGGUUUCUUCAUCGUUACGUACGUUGCUCCGUUAUGUCUCAUGGUCCUGGCAUACAUCCAGAUAUGCCACAAGCUGUGGUGUCAACAGAUUCCUGGAAGCACAUCAGUGAUUCAGAGGAAGUGGAGGACUCUCCGGUGCUCGGCUCAGACGGCAGGAUCGGGGGAACCCGUGCGGGUCAGGACCGGCACGGUUUGCGCUGAGAUCAAACAAGUGCGAGCCAGACGUAAAACAGCUCGCAUGCUGAUGGUGGUGCUCUUUGUGUUUGCUCUGUGCUACCUGCCGAUCAGCGUGCUCAACAUCAUGAAAAGAGUCUUUGGGACAUUCAAGAACACAAAUGACAGAGAAACAGUGUACGCAUGGUUCACCUUCUCACACUGGCUCAUAUAUGCCAACAGUGCAGCAAAUCCCAUCAUUUAUAAUUUCCUGAGUGGAAAAUUUCGUGAAGAGUUCAAAUCAGCCUUUUCUUGCAGCUGCUGUGGUCAACGACAAAACCAACAAAAUCGGAUGAGGGCCCGAGCGAACACGGACAGCAGGAAGUCCCUGUCGACCCAGGUGAAUAAUGUGGACAACCUGUCGCGGUUAUCUGAUCAGAUCGUGUAAUCGUUCAAUCAAGGGUCAAAGGGCACCGACGUCUUUUAGGAAGAAUUACGGAAUACAUCGUUUACAAAYAGACUUUUCAAGAUAAGACAAAAAACCUUUUUUUGUUUAAUUUUCAAGCCCACCAAAAAAAAUGUAAACUUUUACUGUAUAGUCUCACAUUUCAAUCUCAUGUAAAUGGAUUCUAAUGACACCUAAUAAAAGCUUGGUGUUUAAUGAUAUGUAUUUUACUCUUCUAUUGUAUGACAAACUAUUUUGAUUGUAUAUUUUUCACAGCAUCAAAAAAAAAAUGCCUUUUUUCACACACUUGUCACAAAYAGUCUGUGUAAUUGCUCUUUAACCUGUGAAAAAGUGCUGUAAAAGUAUAAAAGUUGCUUUUUCCACUCAAARAGAUGGAACAUCUCAUGUAAAGUGGACAUGUUAGCUUUAUUCUGUUCCAUCAUGCUGGAAGUUACAAAAAAAAUUAAAGGUCAUGAUGUGUUGUUAUAUAGAUUUUUAAAAUGAUUUUAUAUUGGAGAAAGCAAGAAAUUGCAUUCUGCAAUAAAAAAGCUGAUUUUAUAUGCUAGAACAAAAAAAUUUUAUUAAAGAAACUUAAUAAAAACUAAAGUCUGUGAAAAGACAAAGGUACAAAGAAACUGUGACGUGUAGGUGGAACUGGCAAGUCAAGGUUUUUCUAUUUAUACCAAAUAUUUUAAAACUGAAGAUUCAGGGAAAGUGAAUGGGCAUAAAAAUAAGACAUUCUGAAGGUUCAAAAUAUAUAUGUGAAAAGUUUCUGUAUUCUAAAAUCAUCUUGCACUGUUGUCCGUUUAUUUUAAAUUUAUGUUUACAGUAAAUGUCAAACUUUUAAAUUGAUUUUUCUCUACACAAAAGCUGUUCAUGAAAAUGUGAAUUAUCAGGACAUAAAAGCACUUUUGAAUGUAAGUCUUUUUAUGGGACAUUAAAUGUACUUAUYGCAAAGUCAAAGAUUGGACAAAAAAUAUAAUCUUAAGAGUAUUAAAC